AUGGCUUCUAAGAAGUUGGGAUCUGAGUCUCAUGGUCCUUUCAGUUAUCUUGAUGAUGUCCCAUUUAAGAUAGGAGACAAAUUUAAAACCCCAGCAGAGGUUGGAUUACCCACUGAUUUCAGCCUGCCUGAUUCUUCUAAGCUUGUCAGAGAAGCCCAGUAUGACUUCUCACUGGAAAAGAAAACAAUUGAGUGGGCUGAAGAUAUCAAAAAAAUUGAAGCUGCCCAGAGAGAAGCUGAACACAAGGCAGAAGAAGUGCUAGCAGACUCAAAAGUGGCUCCAGAGGACAUCACCAAAUUGGCAUUCUCAGAGGGACCUUGCCCUAAAGUCAUGCCUCCUCCUAUUAACCCCAUCCUUGCUAGCCUGCAGCACAAUAAUAUUCUUACUCCCACGCCAGCCAACAGCAGUGCUGUGAAGCAAAAGGUUCUCAGUCCACCUCAUCCAAAAGCAGACUUCAACCCAGCUGAUUUUGAAUGUGAAGAAGACCCCUUUGACAAACUGGAAUUAAAAACUAUCAAUGAUAAGGAGGAAUUAAAAAAUAUUCUUGAAAUUCAUGUUGGUACUACUGGGCCAAUUGUUGCCCAGCUAUUAGAUAAUACUUUGCCCAAAGGAGAGUCUGUGUUGCAAGAUGAGAAAGUUCUGACAUCCAUAGAAAGGGCUACGCUGGACUUCAAACCCCUUCACAAACCCAAUGGCUUUAUCACUUUACCACAGUUGGGAAACUGUGAAAAGAUGUCCUUGUCUACCAAAGUGUCCCCGUCCCCUAUCACUUCAGCGAGCAACAUCAAAUCCCUGUCCUUUCCUAAACUUGACUCUGAUGAGAGUGAUCAAAAAUCAUCAAAGCUCAUGAGCACUUUCCACAACACUACCUGUCUCUGCAAUGGUGCUUUGCUCAGUUCUUUGCAGACCUGCACUCAGAAUAAAGCCAAUGAAUUGAAUGGACACCAUCUGGUUGGUCUUUCUGCUGUAAAUGAGGACAGUGGCAUGGAGACAUCAACAUUAUCCUCUUCAUCCAGGCUACCUUCCCUGGCUGCAUCAACAGUUUGUACAGAAGAAGAAUCAUCUCAAAGCACAACAACUAUGGUAAUGCAUCAAAAUUUCCCUGUGUCUAAAGUGCCCAAUAACACCAGCUGCACAAAGCGGUCAGGUGGCCCCACUCUUGAACUACAGCAGGCCCUCUCUGCUAGUGAGAGGCAGUGCAUAGAGACGGUUGUCAACAUGGGGUAUGCACCUGAGGACGUCCUGAAAGCCAUGAAGAAGAAGGGGCAGAACAUAGACCAAGUUUUGGAUUACCUGUUUGUACAUGGACAGCUUUGUGAGAAGGGCUUUGAUCCACUUCUUGUUGAAGCAGCUUUGGAAAUGCACCAGCGUUCAGAGGAGAAGAUCACAGAGCUUCUCCAACUAAUGAGUCAAUUUAAAGAAAUGGGCUUUGAACUAAAAGACAUUAAGGAGGUCUUAUUAUUGCAUAACAAUGACCAACAGAAGGCUUUGGAAGAUCUAAUGGCCCGUGCAGGAACCAGCUGA